GCAUGCAGCGGUUUUGUUAAUUCCAUUAUCGUGAUUUGUGUUUUUGGAUUAGUGCAUAUUUCUCAAGCUAUAUAGUUAUUUACAAUUAAAACAUGUCUGAUGAGGAAAUUAUAAAACGUCGCUUGCUUAUUGAUGGAGAUGGCACCGGCGAUGACCGGCGUCUCAACAUGCUACUUAAGCAAUUCCUAAAGUGGACUUUUUCCAAAAAUGAUUCCCCUGAAAAUAACCAAAUAAUCUAUGAUCGCUUGCUAGCACAGAUGGCUCAAUGUGAAUUUGCGGCCGCCAAAACAGAUUACACAUCGAAGAUGAUACAAGAGGAAUUGAAAAAUUACGCCAAACUUUCCGAUUCCAUUGAAAAGAGUAUUGAGUUGGCCAGGAAUGAAAUUGAAGAAAGUAAGCGUGAACUGGUACUAGCCAAACAAAUACGUAAAAACAAAAUGGAGUACGAUAUGCUAGCAAAAGUAAUUAAGGAACAACCUGACCGUAAAGAUACAACUAAACAAAUCGAUGGACUCAAAAAAGAUCUAUCUGAAUUAAUGGAAAAGAAAAUUAAAUUGGAGCGUAAAUUUCAAAAACGCCGAAAUGAUUUUACAUUACUUAUGUACUCCAUACGCGAGUUACAGGCGCAACUGGAAGAGGAUAGUAGUAGUGAGAGCAGCGACGACGACGAUUUAAAUGGUUUGGAUACCAUGGAUUUAAGUGAGGAUGAAGGUCUACCUAUGCACGCAGAAAAAAAUAGUAUAGAGUUGAUAGCUGGAAAGACGCCUAAGAAAGAAUCAACAACGGAUGAAAAUGGUUCAAAGGGAAAUAUGUCGGUAGAUGAGGACGCAAUACUGGAGUUGAGUAUUGAUAAAGAUGAAAAUGAUGUAAAGAUGGAAGAAACUGUGACUAUUCCCUAGCAAAUAGAUUGCCUGAUCAUAGAUUCAGAUUAAUUAAUCAUUUAUAUACAUAUUACAAAAUUCAUAAUUUUCAACUAAAAUUGCAAACAUUUUUUUUUUUAAUAAAAAAAUUAAUUACGAUAA